AUGAGUCAGAAAGGCUUAAUAUAUAGCUUUGUGGCAAAAGGGACGGUUGUGCUUGCGGAGCACACUUCUUUCUCUGGGAACUUCAGUACCAUUGCUGUUCAAUGCUUACAGAAGCUACCUUCCAACAGCAGCAAGUACACAUACUCGUGUGAUGGGCACACCUUCAACUUCCUCAUUGACAGUGGAUUCGUUUUUCUUGUUGUUGCGGAUGAGUCAGCUGGGAGGGGUGCACCAUUUGUGUUUCUUGACCGUGUGAAGGAUGAUUUCAAACAGCGCUAUGGUGGGAGUAUUAGAAGUGAUGGUCCACACCCACUUGCUGAUGAAGAUGAUGAUGAUGAUGACUUAUUUGAAGACAGAUUUAGCAUUGCAUACAAUCUUGACAGAGAGUUUGGGCCAAAGCUUAAGGAGCACAUGCAGUAUUGUAUGAACCAUCCAGAAGAAAUAAGUAAGCUAUCUAAAUUGAAAGCUCAGAUAACAGAGGUCAAGGGGAUAAUGAUGGACAACAUUGAGAAGGUUUUGGAUCGCGGAGAGAGGAUUGAACUACUGGUGGACAAAACAGAAAACCUUCAGUUCCAGGCGGACAGUUUCCAGAGGCAGGGAAGGCAACUGCGGCGAAAGAUGUGGCUCCAGAACCUCCGCUUGAAGCUGAUGGUGGGAGGAAUCGUCCUUGUCCUAAUCAUAAUACUGUGGCUUAUAGCCUGUAAGGGUUUCAAGUGUUGAUGGGCGUGGGGGGCGAAAUUUAGUAAUACUUCAAGACUUUCUUCUGGUGUACAAAAAGAAACAAAAUAUUAUUAGUUUGUGUAUUUGGAGACUUGCUGGAUUGUAGAAUUCCACACCCCGUUACAUCCUCUGCGAUUAAACUACGUUGAUAAUUCAUAUAUCAGUUGUUGAUGAUCAAGAGGUUUAAUCUACCAUACGCUUGCUAUAUAUUGUACAAAAAGAGUAAAUUUCACUCUCUUCUCCA